AGGGGCAUUAAAUAUUUGGAGGUGGAGGGGACCCAGACAUGCAGUCUGUAACAUCUUGAAACAGUUUUCCUUCGGGCCACUGGUAUGCAGCCAAGCCCUCUUGAACUAUGAUUAUUUCAAGCACUUAGGAAUGACAUGCAGGGACCAGAGCCAGGAGUGGCAUCGUCAAAGCCCCUCAGCCCGAGCUCAGCUCUCCCUGUCUCCGGCAGUGCUCGUCGACCUGUGGGAAGGGCCUGCAGUCCCGCGUGGUGCAGUGCAUGCACAAGAUCACUGGGCGCCAUGGCAACGAGUGCCCUGCCCUCGCCAAGCCAGCCGCCUACAAACAGUGCCACCAGGAAGUCUGCAAUGACAAGAUCAACGUGAACACCAUCACCUCCCCUCGCCUCGCGGCUCUGACCUACAAGUGCACACGGGACCAAUGGACAGUGUACUGCAGGGUCAUCCGAGAGAAGAACCUCUGCCAGGACAUGCGGUGGUACCAGCGCUGCUGCCAGACAUGCAGGGACUUCUAUGCGAACAAGAUGCGCCAGCCGCCCCCGCCGCCGAGCUCCUGACAGGCGGCCCGGUGGUCCCGCGAUGCUCUGACGCGAGGUCUGAGUCCCGACGACACGGCUAGAUGAAAGCCCACCCGCCUGAGAGCCUGCCAGGCCUGCGACCGGGACCCACCGAGGCACACCGCGGCUCACCCUGGAGGCUGUCCCGAGAAUCCGACUGCAUAGAACUUGAGAGUGGACUUGAUGUUUGCUUAAUGCUUUUAUACUUAAUAUAUUGUUAACAGCCACUGGAUGGCUUUCUACGAUAAGGAAAAAGAUAGGCAUGAGUCACAAAAUAAUUGUAAUUUCUAAGUUCCACGUACCUCAAAGGGAACACCUCUGACAGACGGUCGUCAAGAGAGACGUCACGGGCGCCCCUGUCUUGACUUUUCCUCUGACUUUUGAAUUCCUAGUGCUCGAUGUACCGCGGGGUGGGGGUGGGGGGCGGGGGGAGGAUAUCCAAAAAAAUGAGAUGCUUUCCUUUAAAAACAGGCUUUAUUCUGAAAGCCAGUGAUGCUCUGGAUGGGAGGAGGCUUCUCCGGAGAGGGGGCGCUGCUGGAGCUCCCCCGACACCACCAGGACGCCACGUGGCGCUGUGCCAGGUCAGGGAACGUGCUUUCUAGGUCCUGGGUCUCUCCUCGGAGGUCUUGUCCCUGGGAGGGUGAGUUUGUGUGAACCACCAAGGAUGCCAGGGCUACGCAGCUCUACACCAGCCACAUGGGGGAGAAUGUUCCGGUGGUGUCCGGGCUAGAGGACGCAGCUAGUGUUCAGAUCUCUGCGGUCCCCCACACAGGGAGACAGCCGCUCCUCAAGGUGCUGUGCGCGGAGGCACGUGCUGGUCUAGCCCUUGGGCUUGCUGCCUGCAUCGAGGUGAGCUCAGCGCAGCUUUGUGAGGCUAGGGGCAUUCCCUCUCUGCUCCCAGGGACCUCUGCUCUAGCCAGUACUUCACGAAGCUUUGCCCAUUAGAGAUGGCUUCACCCUGACCCUGGCCAUCUAUCUGAAGUUGAUUCUUCUUGGAAGCUCUGACUCAGGCUCAGACCUGGUGCUUCACCCUGACAUGGGGCCGGUGUCCUCCAGUACCACUCAGCCUGGUGGAGGAGUGCCCCCUGCCCAGGAUGGCUGUGUGCCCAUCCCGCUCUCCUGUGGUCCAGACCGUGCAGUGUUCAUCACUGUGAUGCUAUCGUUCCUGACCCACGUUAGUGGGGCAAGGAUGACAGAAAAGCCUCAAGAAGGUGUUUGCCUCCUAUGGUCACCUUACCCCUCAUAGUUGGGCCCUCUCUGAGCCCAGGGAGAUGACAGGAGUGUAUGAAAGCACAAAAGAUGGUAGGACCCUGCCCGCUGGGGAGCUUGGGGAAGGGGACCUGGCAUGCUGGGAGGUCUGGUCUGCUGGCCAGCUCAGUGGGUGUUUGAUGGGUGCUUCUGUUCAAGGACUUUAUCAUGAAAAACCCAUCCUCUCCUCCUUUAUGUCAGAGGGGAAUCUUACUUAGGCUAAUCUCCAUGGGAUCAUCUCCAAGUGCUUCUUGAUUUAUUGGUGCUGUGUUUAUGUAUCUGUGUUUGUGUUUUUGACGUCACAACUUUGGAGUCAGCUUAAAUCAGAAAGAAAGAGACACUCUGCCCUCUCCAGCCUGCCCUGCGGGCUGGCUUUGCUUUCUGAUUGUUACUACCCCGAAGGCAGAGAAGUGGUCAGAUGGCCGAGCAUCUGUUCAGUUCCACUUGAAUCUGUGAGAAGUGUUGAGAAAGCUCCUUAGGUGCUCUGUGAAAAGACCCCAGAGGGUGCCAGGCUGGGGCAGCCCACCUGCAGGGUGAGCUCCCGCGGCUGCCCAGAGCCUGUGCAGAACGCUGUCCUCCCUGCUCCGGCUUGGCCGUUAGCAGGCUCCCCCACGGCACUCAAAGCCUUGGGGGAGCUAGGGCUUAGUUUUCUUCCAGUCCCAGAUGGGCUGGACUUUGCCACGGAUGGAUGGAAAGCUCUCAGCCUUGGGGGCUGAGGAGCGGAAUCAGGGCCGCCAGCCAAGGAAGUCAGGGCAGCCUUGCUUGCUGCCUGUGUGGGAACCACGGGCCCACCCGAGCCGGGCAAGCCUGUGCAUGGCCCAGAGGUGAGCCCUUUUCCCGGUGCCUCUCAGUCUCCCCGCUGGCCACCCUGGCCGUAUCAACUGGACGCCCCUGGCAAGGGCCCCACACCCUCAGAAUGCAAGUGAUCGAUUCAGUUAUCGUUAAACAUCCCUUUGGUCCCCCAAAGUUCGGGUUUUUCUGAGCUCUUGUAGCUCUCGCUGGCACUGUCGCUCUGAAAUUCACCAGCCCACCUUCUGUUCACGGCACAAGCAAUGGUUGAUCUCGGUGAAGCUGUCAUGGCAUUCUUGCUCCACUUUGUACAGAAGACAGGGAAACCCUGUCAUUGCAACAGCGAUGUUUCUUUAUUAACAAUACCCUGUACUGUCACUCAAGUACUGUACCUUUUUGGUUGCACAAAUGUGUUACUAACUACAGACUCUCACAAUCGUAUGGUGCUAUUUCAUUGGUGCAAAUGAAACCCUCUCAGCUGACCAUGGCUUGAUAUUAUUAGAACACAGGGAAAGAUCUUCAAUGGCAAUAAUAUCAUUGCUCUGUUCUCUUUUCUUCAUUUCAGAGUCAAAUGUAUAUAUUUUCCAUUAGUUAACUUACGUACUGUACCCAUGGUAUUUUUGUUUUACUUUUUGGUGCUGGUUUGAAAGAAAAAAAAAAAACAGAAGACAAACAU